CGUGCGGGCUGUCUCUCAGGGCUGGUAACACGGGCUGUCAUGGCUGUGGGUGAGUUCCUGGUGUCCUGGCUCUCUGUGCCCGCUGACAUGUCGUGGUGGGCUUUGCCGCUCUAUACCUUGCUGUUCCUGGGGCUGUGCUGGCUGAUGAGCUCUCUGUGGACCUAUUAUCGGCUGCUGUCUCUGAACACCCCUCCUGGGCCCACCCCACUGCCCUUCAUUGGGAACUUCGCUUUCAUGUUGCUGCCAGGGUGGCUGCUGUCUGUCCUAAACCUUGGGCUGGAGAUUGACCGGUCCAGAAUGGUCCCAGCUGGGGGUAGAAGAAGGGCAGCCUUCCUGCACCCUCACAUCAUCCUGACCAACAUGGCCAAGACCUAUGGCAGCAUGUACAGCCUGUAUAUAGGCAACCAGCUCCUGGUUAUCCUCAAUGACUUCGACACCGUGAAGGAUGCCAUGGUCAACCACUCUGAGGUCUUCUCCGAUCGCCCCAGUGUUCCCAUGGUGAACAUCAUUACCAAGAGGAAAGGUAUUGUGUUUGCAAAAUAUGGACCGAUAUGGAGGCAACAACGGAGAUUCUCUCAUACAACCCUUAGACAUUUUGGACUUGGCAAGCUUAGUCUGGAACCCAAAAUUAUUGAAGAGUUUAAAUAUGUGAAGGAAGAGCUGUUGAAUUUUGGGGGAGAACCCUUCAGCCCAUUUCAGAUCAUUAAUAAUGCGGUUUCGAAUGUUAUCUGUUCCAUAAGUUUUGGAAAGCGCUUCAACUAUGAAGAUGAAGAGUUCAAAACAAUGCUGAGGCUGAUGUCCCGCGGAUUAGAAAUCUGUUUAAACAGUGAGGCUGUCAUGAGCAAUAUAUGCUCAUGGCUGUAUUAUUUACCCUUUGGACCAUUUAAGGAAUUGAGGCAGAUUGUGAUAGACAUCACUGCCUUUCUGAAGAAAAUCAUUGAAGAGCACAAGGCUACUUUGGACCCAGACAACCCCAGAGAUUUUAUUGACAUGUACUUGCUUCAUGUAGAGGAGCAAAAAGCACAGAAGGAUAGCAGUUUUGACACAGAAUAUCUGUUCUACAUUAUUGGUGACCUCUUCAUUGCAGGCACUGACACAACUACAAACACACUGCUUUGGUCUUUAUUAUACAUGUGUCUCCAUACAGAUAUUCAAAAGAAGGUCCAGGAUGAAAUUGAUACCGUCAUAGGAAGAGACCGGCCUCCAUCACUGACGGACAAAACUCAUAUGCCUUUCACAGAAGCUACUAUAAUGGAGGUGCAGAGAAUGACUGUGGUUGUCCCUCUCUCCGUUCCCCACAUGACUUCAGAAUCUACAGAGUUCCAAGGAUAUCACAUUCCAAAGGGAGCUGUGGUGCUUGCCAAUCUGUGGGCUCUUCAUAGAGAUCCAAAGGUGUGGAAAAAUCCAAAUGAUUUUAACCCCAGCAGAUUUCUAGAUGAAAAUGGACAAGUCCUCAAACAAGAAGAAUUCAUUCCUUUUGGAAUUGGUCGGCGUGUUUGCAUGGGGGAGCAGCUGGCCAAGAUGGAAUUGUUCCUAAUGUUCGUCAACCUUCUCCAAAUGUUUACUUUUAAUUUUGCUGAUGAUACAUUUGCACCAGCGCUGGAAGGACGGUUUGGACUGACACUCGCUCCCUAUCCGUUUGACAUUAGAAUUGCCAAGAGAUAAUACUGUAAUAUAUCAUUAACUGAUUGCAAAAUAUUAUUAAUGCUUUAAACUAGUGCUUGGGACAAGUGCCCUGGGGGGGAGGGGGAACUGGGGAGGGUUCACACAUAAUAUUGAAACGGAGUAGGCCUGCCCAGAGAAGUCGUGGCUGCCCAUGCACACUGCAGACUGUGCAUAGAGAACUGCUGAAGCAUUCUCUGCAUGGCUUGGCUAGUUCCCUCUUGUACAACUAACGAUGCUCUUGCAUUGUGCUGGCUAGGUGGCAGUUCCCUGGUGUCCCCCAAUAUUCAGCACUAGGAAAUCAACCAAGAGUGGCAUGAUAAGACCAUGAGAUAGGGGACCAUUGGGUGUCCAUUUCAUUUUAACCUGACUUCUGCAUUGUGUUUAGCAUAGUUAAUAUGCUACUAGCAGUGGAUGCUUUGUAAAUGUUAACAGGGAUGGACUAUAGAUGAAAAAGAGGAAUACCGCACACUUAAUAAAAUCCUGGUGCAUCCAGACCUGGGGUUGACUACCCCUCCUGUAGUGGUUAAAAAAAUUGUGGUCCAGGCACUCAAGGAUCAAAAAACAUAAUUGCAUUAAAUGGCAAAACUUUGGCCAAAAUAGCUGAUAUGGAAGCAUUCUCCAACUCUCUGUAAACAACGGUGCAGGGGCAGGGCCAAAUACUGGCUUGGCAAAUCAGCAUCUCUUCAUAGAGAGAUGCAAUGAAUCAAUGAAUAGCUGAUAUGGAAGCAUUCUCCAACUCUCUGUAAACAACGUGUGGGUCUUUUAGCUGGACUUUUGUGGACUGGGUUUUAAAUUCACUAUGCGAAGUGAAUCUUGUGAAUUCGCCAUAUAGUUAUUCUGCAAUACAUAUCGGACAAUUGACAAAUAAUUGACCGUUGUAUUCUGCAAAAGCCAAACUAGAAAAUAAGGGGAGUUGUAGAAUGUUCCCAGUUCAGCUGUUUUGGCCUGUAUUAUUCACAUUUCAGUUCCCCAAAACUACAAACUUAUUGAAUAGCCAUAAAUAAUAUGUUUGUGCAUAUAGUGUGAAGGCAUGUCUAUGAAUGCUGUUUGAGUGUGUGUAUUGUCAAAGUGAAUGUUGGUGCUUUUUCGUGUAUCUAGAGCCAGUAUGUGUGA